CAGAAUAUCUAAGCUCCAUGGAUUUCUCAGAAACCUUAUUCCUUCUCCUUCUACCAAAGCCAUGCAUUCCCUUCAUCAACAUCAACCCAAACAAAAAAACAAACCCAGUGCUCCAUUUCGCAGCAACAACAACAUGAAGAAACCCAUGAAAUUGAAGAAGAACAAGAAGAAGAAGAAGAAGAAUGAUACGAGAGAGUAUACGAGGAACCUAAUUGGGAAAAUUUACAGAACGUUAAAGUUUUCAACUUGGGAUUCUGCUCAGCAAGAGCUUGAGAAUCUCCCCGUGAAAUGGGACUCUUACACGGUGAACCAGGUUCUCAAGUCACACCCUCCAAUGGAGAAAGCGUGGUUGUUCUUCAAUUGGGCUUCUGGGAAGAGUUACACAACGAUGCUGGAUAUUUUCGGAGAAGCUGGGAGGGUUUCAUCCAUGAAACACGUUUUCCAGCAGAUGCAGGAGAAGGGGAUUAAGAUUGAUUCUGUUACUUACACUUCCAUGAUGCAUUGGCUAUCGAGUUCGGGGAACGUGAAUGAAGCAGUGGAGAUGUGGGAACAAAUGAAAUCCAAAGGAUGUUCCCCAACUGUUGUUUCUUACACUGCUUAUAUGAAGAUUCUGUUUGACAAUCACAGAGCGAAGGAGGCUACUGAUGUUUACAAGGAGAUGCUUCACUCUGGCUCUGUACCAAAUUGUUACACUUACACGAUAUUAAUGGACUAUCUUAUUGGGUCUGGUUAGUGUGCCUUCAACCUGUUUGUUAUGUGGUCUAUGAGGGCAUUCAGUCCUUGUCUUUGCCAGUUAAAUGAUAUAUGGGGAAAAUAGGAACAGUGGCCAAAGUGCCACUGUUGGAAAAAAAAAAUAUCAAAAUGU